GUUGCUAAGAAGAGCGUUCGAGCAGGGAAAUCGAAUCUCGCUAGAGGUUGUAAUUUUAGGACAAAAUAAAAGAGGGAAAAAAAUCUGAGCUGAAGAUCUCAUCAUUGCAGCAGCACUGACCAGAGAGGGUCACAUCAGCUUCAUCAGAGAGUUUCAUAUUUCUUUUCGUUCGUGUUCUUAAUGACUCGACUGCGCUUUAAGGACGCUUUCUGGUGCCCAGAAUUUACCAGUUAUGUUGGGCACGAGGUCUUACUGGAGCGGUUACAGGAAGGCCGAAAAAUGUGCAAGGACAUGGAGGAACUGCUGAGACUGAGGGCAUAUGCAGAAGAGAAAUAUGGGAAGGAGCUGGUCCAUAUAGCCCGCAAAGCUGGAGGUCAAAUGGAGAUAAAUACUCUACGAAUAGCAUUUGACAGUCUAAAGCAACAAUUGGAAAACAUUGGAAAUCUACACAUUCAGCUGGCAGUCACGUUAAAGGAUGAGGCAAAACGCCUGGAAGAUUUCAGGGAGAGGCAGAAGGAGACGAGGAAGAAGUAUGAAAAUGCCAUGGACCGUGUUCAGAAGAGCAAAGUGGCUUUGUAUAAGAAGACACUUGACUCAAAGAAAUGCUAUGAACAGAAAUGUAAAGAAGCAGAUGAGGCUGAGCAGAGUGCUGAGCGUGUUCAAUCCACAGGAAACCAGAAGCAAGUCGAAAAGAGUCAGAAUAAAGCCAAGCAAUCUCGUGAUGCAGUGAAUGAUGCAGAACAAGUUUACCAGCAGAAUGUGGAGCAGCUGGACAAGAUUCGACAGGAGUGGGAGCAAGAGCACAUCAAUACCUGUGAGGUGUUUCACCAACAAGAGAGUGACAGGAUCAACAAUCUGAGGAAUGCCCUGUGGGUGCACUGUAACCAGCUCUCACUGCAGUGUGUGAAGGAUGAUGAGUUGUAUGAGGAGACAAGGAAGGUUUUGGAGCUCUGCGACAUUGAUGCAGAUAUGGAUUGUUUCAUUCAGAAGAAGAUGACUGGAACGCGUCCACCCGCUCCCAUAGAGUAUGAGAAUUACUAUGACAAGUUAUCUACCACGGAAAAUCGCACAGCUGCCUCUGCCAGGAAUGGAGGGAUGUUGAAAAGGUAUUUUCCUAACCUUAUCCAUUUACCCAACAGGAUUACCCAUCUGUUACCAGGUCAUACAUCCAAAUCCAAUAGCAGCAAUUCAAUCAAUGCAACUGCGCCACCUCCAGCAGAGGAUUUGUAUGCCAGUGUUGCUGUUCCACAACAGGAAAAUCUGAACAACUACAGAGUACUCUACGAUUACACUGCUCAGAACAGCGAUGAGCUAGAUAUAACCGCCAAUGACAUCAUCCAGAUCACGGCUGAGAACGAGGAUGGCUGGUGGACAGCAAGUCGCAAUGGAAGGAGUGGUCUAGUCCCAAGCACCUACCUGGAGAAAGCUUGAGAGCAUCAGAGACCAGCCAGCUACGCCAGUUAAACUCCAUAUCCCUUGGAACAGGUCGAGAGAAACCGUAAUCCCUGAAGGUGGCUGGGGAAGCACAGCAAGCUGUUUCACUUUUUAAAAUCUGUGUGUGACAUAGUUAGGUGGGAACAUCCACAGCUUUCUGAAGUAGAUUGAUGUUCAACUGAUGUUUGAUCGUCACUCCUGUGGCCUUCACCUGCCUCACUGAUUGGCCAGUUCCUGUGGAAAAUACUUGUGAAAUGAUGCUUUGGUAGUCUAUUUUAAACUGUGCUCAUCUUGCUGUGUGAAUAUUUCAUUUUAAAAUAUUCAAUUAUUGCACUAAUACCUCCUUUUUUUUUCCCCCCACACCCAACUUUGAGAUAACUAAUUACUUUCUUUAGUGUGCUAUUCAAGUGAGUGGUGUUGGUGACACAGUGAGGAAUGUAGCUUUCAGCAUUUCUAACCCAGUGCAGAACUUCCUUGUUCUCUGGUUCAGCAGUGUUUCUCAACCCUUACAGUUUCUACCACAAUAGUGUUAUAUUUUUCUACUUCCCACAGCAACCAUCCUGUGGACUGUGUUGGUUAAAUUUACCAGCUUGGAACAAUUGUGCUUGUGGGCUGAUGUUGACCCUGAAGCAAGUGGAGAAUUCAGUGGUUGAAUUUAAUAUAAAUUCUCAGUCAUUUAAAGGCCAGUGCCAGACUUAGCUCAUUAUUAGCUUUAACUUUGGUAGGAGUAUUUUAUUAUUUAGUGGUUGGUUACCUCAGUUUGCUAGAUUUCUGAUGCUAACAGUGUGGGCUCCAUUCCUGCAGCAGCUGAGGUUACCAUGAAGGAUUCCCCUUCUCAAACGCCUCCCUCAUGUAAGAUGUCGUGACCCUCUGGUUAAAUCACCAACAGCAGUUGCUCUCUGAUUAGAGAGUUGGACUAUGGUGAUUUUACUGUUUAUUCCUCUGCCUACUAAUUCACAUCCUUCACUCCCCAAACUCACUCCAGCAGAUUUCCUGCUCUAUCUUGUUGAGCUUUUAAACAUUUGUUUAUGGGAUGUGGGUGUAGCUGGCUGGGCCAGCAUUUAAUGUCCAACCCUGAUUACCAUGGAGAACAAAAUGCUGAGCUAAUGCCUUUUAAUUACUGCCAUCCAUAUGGGAAUACAGAGAGCCACUGUGCUGUUAGAGAGGGAGUUGCAGGAUUUUGCCCCAGCGACAACAAAAGAAUGGUGUUACAGUUCCAAGUGAUGGUGUGUGGCUCAGAGAGGGGCUUGCAGGUGGUAGUGUUGCACUCUUUGCACUGCCCUGGUCCUUGCAAAUGGUAGAAUUAGGCCCAGGACCCCUGACUAUGACCCAACGUACCCAGCUGCUGAGGAAAAGCUCAGAGCAGACAGUGUGUGACUUACUGUACAUGUUGUAUCCUUCCAAUCUUGUCCCCACCUUCCCUGAAAGCAUCAACUCUUUGCUGGAGGCAGCUCACUUGAGUGGCCGUUAUUUGUGGCUUUGCCUUGAACUGAUCGAGCACAGGAGGCAUCACGUCAAGCCCCAUUCAGUCCUCAAGGCAUCUCCAGAAGGGAUUUCUGAAUAACUGUAACUGAGUCAUAAUGGUACAUGGGAGGCCAUUUUGGCCUAUUCACUCUGUGUCGAAGCUCUGAGUAACCCAGUCAGUCCCAUUCCCAUGUGGCCCUGCACGUUUACUUUUCUCAUACCCAAUUUUUGUUGUCCCACCACCCUUGGAUGCAGUGACCCUCAAGGUCUUUUUAUCUCUGUAAUAUGCCAGCUGUAGCUGGGAGACACUGCUGUAUAUUUCUAGUGUUGUCUAUUUCUAUGCUUGAGCUAUGCUAUACCUUUUUUUAAACAGCGAAAUGACCAGUUUUAGAUAAUUUUUUUUUGUUUUUAAUUGAUUUGGAGCAGCUGGUUAAAAUAACCAACCCUAAGAGCACUUCCUGGUGUCCAGUUUUUGUAUUUAUGCAACACUUUGGGGUCAUCUUGCUGUUACAAAUUUCUCAUUACACUUAACAAUGAAAUUGCUUAUGGAGAUAUAAGCCGAAACCUGUAAACAGCUGACUCUCCUGGUGUACUUGCAAGCUUUUGGUCAUUCGGUGGUGCGGUGCAAUGCAAUGAGUCUUUUCCCAACCCACCUGCAUGUUCUAAAAUUAGAGAAAGACUUGUAUUCAUCAAAUGAGUGUAAACAUUACUAUGGAUGUGAUUAUCAAACUAAAUACAAUGAAACCGGUACACCUUUACUUUGUACAUGUCAGGUGACUAAUGCAGUAUCAUGUAUAGAAAGGUGCAUAUAAUUUUAUAUAUCCUAUGUGUAUAAUAUAAGUCAAUGUUUAUGUAAGUGCCAGAGGAGUGUCCACAUGGUAGACUAUUAAAGAUUUUAAAGUAUUAGCCAUGUAAAUAAUGAAGAACUUAAACUAAUAUAUAGCCACGACGCUUAUUGGUGUGAACUGUGGCUUUUUCAAAUGUGUUGACUUGUGACCCACAGUAUUCUAAAUAAAGUUUAUAAAUGAA